CGAAGAGACUUGUGAUCGCGAAAACCGAUAUAUCGCGAAGUGGAAACUUAUCUACGUAAUUUAUAUAAAAUUAAUGAACUUUUUUAAUGAUGGAGUCACUGGACAUAAAGGAAAUAUGGAAGCUGUAAUUUUUACAAAGUGAAAAAUUAAUUAUGUAAAAAUGACGUUAAAUCUGGAACAUUUUAACGACACAGUGAUCCGAACUACGUAUGAGGAGUUUCCACUUCUUAUGCCUAGAUGGGGUUACGUGGCCUCCGCUUUCGUGUUAUUUCUUAUAGGAUUUUUCGGCUUCUUUCUAAAUCUUAUGGUAAUUUUGCUUAUGUUCAAAGAUAGGCAGCUCUGGACGCCGUUGAAUAUAAUACUUUUUAAUUUAGUUUGUUCCGAUUUCUCCGUGUCACUUAUGGGUAACCCAUUCACGUUGAUAUCUGCUCUCUUUCAUCACUGGAUAUUCGGCCAUACUCUAUGCGUGCUCUAUGGAUUUUUCAUGGCAUUAUUAGGUAUUACCUCUAUCACUACACUGACGGUGAUAUCUUUUGAACGCUAUAUGAUGGUAACGAAGCCCUUUAGCUCUAGGCAUCUUACUUCAAAGGGCGCUGUGCUGUCUAUUGUUUUUAUAUGGGCGUACGCUUUGGCACUAACGACGCCGCCGCUGUUCGGCUGGGGAAACUAUCAGAAUGAAGCUGCUAAUAUCAGCUGUUCGGUGAACUGGCACGAACAAUCGUUCAACACACUAACAUACAUUCUGUUCCUCUUCGCGAUGGGACAGAUCCUUCCCUUUGCAAUCAUCACCUUCAGUUACGUCAAUAUCAUACGAACUAUGAGAAAGAACUCCCAGCGACUUGGUAGAGUGAAUCGGGCGGAGGCGCGAGCGACCGCAAUGGUCCUGUUAAUGAUAAUAUCAUUCACUGUAUCUUGGACACCUUAUUCUGUAUUUGCUUUGAUGGAACAAUUCGCUACAGAAGGCAUAGUAUCGCCUGGUGCAGGAGUUAUACCAGCAUUAGUGGCUAAGAGCUCUAUUUGCUACGACCCUCUUAUUUACGUCGGGAUGAAUACUCAGUUUCGUCAGUCCAUCAAACGUAUAUUCAGUAUGCAGAGUAAAUGUAAAAACUCUGAAACCGACAGAGGAUAUAAUAAUACAUUUUUGUCACCGAGUCAUAAAUUAUCAGCAUUUAAUGAUAGCACUUUAAGAAAUAAUUCUCCAGAGACCAGUCUAUUGACAACGCCUAAAAAGGUUAACAAAUGCGAUGGCAUAGAAGAUAAAAUUACCACAAUAAUUGAGAAAACUAACAAACAGGUUUAUAAAUUACCGGAAUUAAGUUUGAUUAAAGAAAAAAAUACCGUAUCAGAUGCGGAAAGAUCAAUUGAAACUAAUUUUGAUGAUGAGACAAGUAUUAGAAAACUAGAAAUGUUUGGAGAGUCUUGUAAAUUGAACGAUCAGUCUCCUAUUGUUACAAUAGUAGAUAAUAACAAACUUUUCUUUACAAAAAUAACUAAACGUGAAUUAGAAAAACAAUUAUCUGAAGAACAUUUUGUUGAAAUUAAAAAGAUAGAUGGCACUGAUCAUAAAUUGAAACGUCCGAAAACGAUAAAACAUAGCUAUUCUUUAGAUUUAGGUGGUGUAUCAAAUGAAGGGAAGAUACGAAAAUUUUCAAUCGAAACUAAAUUAGAAUCGCUUGUUGCACCUAAAAAUUUCUUAGGAACAGUAGUGAGCAAGUUUUUUGACCAAAGUAACAAAGAGGAUAAUGUCAAAUCGUAUUUGUGUGAAAAAGAUAAUGGAAAUGAAGAUAAUUAACGGGAAAUAUCGAACAAAGCUGAUACAGCCGCCAUUUGUGAUAUCAAAUGGCAUAUCAAGGGAUGAAGUUUUGAUGUUUUUAUCAUAGUCUUUAGAUCUGUGAUAAGAUACAAGUGCCAAGGAAGAAGUAUAGGGAAUGAUAUUGUAAAUUAUUUUUGAGAAGACCGAUACGUAUCUAUGCGUAUUACAAAAACAUUUAAUGUACGUUGA